UACCCUAGACGCUGCGGAACGGUGGGAGUUAAGUGACAGGGUGUCACUCACGGAGCGGGGAAAAGAACACAGGACUCUGUAACACCCGCAAGUCUACAGGGCGGUGCGGACUGCGGGAGGCCUCCCAGCAUGCACUGCUUUAUUGUGGCCAGUAUCUCAGGGAGAUGAAAGGGGCCAGUGACUGCCGGGAGCCGGACAGCUGAGCUGGUGUGGAACCAGCACCGAUUACGGGAUCUGAUUUCCAGCCUCCCUUUGAUCUGGUUUUGAUGGGAGGGACAUCUUCCAUCCUCCUAUCCCCGUCAUGCUUGUUUGGGGCAUCGCCUUGAAAUAAACGAUCCAUAUAAACCCCCAAGGGAUGAGAAGGGCGUUUUCUGUAGUGAUCACACGAGGAUGAGGGGCUGGAGAGCAUCCUAGUGCUGUGAUUCUCCUGUCACAGGGUGGGGACACUUGGCUGCAUAGCGUUUAUAGAUGGAAGGGACCUUGCUGUAGAACCAUCCUGAGAAUGUCAGCCCCAGAUUUGGGUACUUGUUAAUGAGCUGACCCUCUACACGUGGUGCUGAAACCCUUAGAUAGACUGUGUAAUUAGUGGAUAUCAAAAUGGCUACUUCUAACCUGGAGAACCAGUUGCACAGCGCCCAGAAGAAUCUACUGUUUCUGCAACAGGAACAUGCCAACACAUUAAAAGGCUUGCAUGCUGAGAUCCGCAGGCUGCAGCAGCAUUGUACAGAUCUGACGUAUGAACUGACUGUUAAAAGUGCUGAUCAGACAGAAAAUGGUUUUUCAAGAAGUGAUGAGCUAAGGAGAAAAUGUGAAGAAUUGGAAGCUCAGUUGAAGGUCAAGGAAACAGAAAACAAUGAGUUAUUAAAGGAGCUGGAGCAGAAAAAUGCAAUGAUUAUGGUACUGGAAAACACAAUUAAGGAAAGAGAGAAAAAAUAUCUGGAAGAACUUAAAGUUAAAAGCCACAAGCUGAACAUGUUGUCCAGUGAGCUGGAGCAAAGAGCCAGCACCAUUGCAUAUCUAACAUCACAGCUACAUGCCACCAAGAAGAAGCUCAUGAGUGCAAGUGGAACGUCUGAUGUUGUUCCACCAGGAAGCCCAGUGCUGGGCAGUUAUAAGCCAUCUCCCCCAAAAGAAAAGUUGCCUGAAACUCCAAGACGAAGAAUGAAGAAAAGUCUCUCUACUCCCUUGAAUGCUGACUUUGCAGAGGUUUAUAGGCUUGGUGCUGAUGGCAGAAAGAUACUUUUGCGUGAACCUGUGGAUGCAAUGCCUGACCCAACUCCAUUUUUAUUGGCAAGGCAGUCAGCAGACACACAGAUUAUCAAAGAAAGGCCACUUGUAAUCCCUCCAAUUCGUUCUGACUCCAGCAGCCCAGCAAAAGAAAAAAAGCAUAAGGCUCACAUUGGAGUAGCUCAUCGAAUUCCUCAUGCAACUCCAGUCCAGAAUCCGCUAGUGCCCCAACCAGAGGUUGAAACUCUUGCAGUUGAUCAAGUUAACGGUAGCAAAAUUAUUCGGAAGCACUCAGGAACUGACAGAACUAUUUAAUAAAGGACUUGCAUAAAUAAACUGUUAAAACUUUAAAGCAUUUGCUUUUUAUGCACUGUGUGAACAGAUCUGAAAUAUUCAAAUCUAGAAAACAUUUUCUUUGUUUUUACUAUUACUUAGAAUGCCCCUGCAUGCCAAAUAUAACUAGAUUCCCUGAAGAUAAACUGAAAAGUGUUGUGCUGGAACCAACAUUGCAAAAUACACAAUUUCUAAGACUUUGGUCAAACCAACACGCAUUUCACUGCUUGCUAUUCACAUUACAUCUGCUUAACUGACAAAAGCACAGGCCUGCAGCAUCCCCACAUCUGCAGGCAUACAUCUGUGUAGGCUAAUAUUAAUCUAAUCAACUAGAAGCAAUUUGUAAAUGUCUGUAGUUCAAGUUACAGUCUAAUAUAUAACAAAGCCUUUUCUUUUCUGGCAGCACUAGCAAUAACACAGCUAUAUAUAUAUAUAUAAGUAUGAUGGACUAAAGACAACUGUACUCAAAUGAGACAGUAGUGUUUUAGUGUGCUGAAACUGUAUGUAAUGGGAGCUCAUUUGGUUAUGGUCAAAUGCAGUGUCAAUUAAAACUAAUAAUCAUUGUCAUCUCCUUAGUUAUUCAAACUAGUUUGAAAAAAAAUGCUUGUUGUUGUCCAUUCCAAGCCAUUAGAAUGUGCCAUGAUAAAAAAAAGAUGCUUUAGCCAUGGUGGUUUUUAGUUUUUUUCUAUGGUAUGUUACAGCUGUCUGAAUUAGUUAUGCAACCAAAAUUACAAAAAGGAUAUAACAGAAAAGUUUGGUUUCCCUAUAUUGGGAUUGGGUAAGCAUUACUAAUUAUAAGACACUGCCUUUUCUAAGGUAGGGAUUAUUUUGUGUGUAAAGUUUCCAUCUACACUGUAGCAAAAUAUAUAAAUGCUGUCAAUGCAACCAA